UGUAUACUCAAAAUUUGCAAGUUUGUCUUAAUUCAAUUUUUGUAAACUUUGACUAAGUUUGUAGUGGAAUUUAUUGAUAUUUACAUACCAAAUCGAUAGCAUUAUAGUAUUCAUUAGUGUAUAUAUUUGUCACACCAUAUAUAUUUGUUAUUGUAAAUUUGACUUGGGACAACACUAAUAUGCAGAGUAAAUAGAAGCAGAUGAAUACAUUUUUCUCUCUAAAUCCUUUGACACUUAGUGGUUAACUCUUAAUUUAAACCUAGUAAUUGUAGGACGUGCAGCACACAGAUAGACGUCAUAGAAAGCUUGUAAUUACUUAGUACGUACUCCCCCGUUUCAUAAAGAAGUAUGAAGACGUGCAUGAGUCUCAUGAGCGUCGAUCAGUCCUUUGAUACGCUGGCAUCAGGAAUUGCUGUGUGCGCAGCACCCUUUGAGAAAGACAAAUCAGCAGGGUCCCUUCUAAAUUAUUUGAAGUUUUAGUUUAUUUGUCCUUAGCAAAAAGAGUUAUCUAUUCUGUUUUUUUUUCAGCAGGGUCUGAAAGAAUUGGCUUCCAUAUAAUCUCAGAAAUCUCAGGGUUUUCCGCCCAAAAGCAUUCAAACAAUUUUUAAUUCAAGUAUUGUUGAAUUUGAGCUAAUUUUGUCAAAACCAGCAAAUCCCACGGCAUUCUACUCUACCAUUGGGCCAGAGGAGCCGGUGACCGGUUGGCUGACCGGAAUUGAAAACCUUUAUCACAAGUCAAAGUUUAUAGUUUAGGAAGUCUAUAGAAAAACAUGCUAAUAUCCACAAUAUCAAAUAUAUAUAUUAUAUAUUCUAUGAUUAACCUACUGAAACUAAUUUGAUGUAUUUCCCUGUAGAUUUGACCAGGUAAUUUGGAAAGGUGAGCAUCGCUAAUUUGUCAAUCUGGGGCAUGACAAUACAUCUGGUAGUCGAUUAAGUUUCCACAUUUUCUACAGUGCAAUGAAAUGUUGCCCCCUUUUCAACACAAUGACUUGGUGCAUCAAGUUUCUGCUCUAAGUGUCUAUGGUACACAAAAAUGAUUGACAACAACAUAGUUGUACCAUUGGUGCUCGUCGGUAAUAUAUAGAUGUAAAUCCUAGCCAACAAUGCUGACCAAACAGAAAUAGUACAUGGUCCCAUUUGGCAAUUAUGAACAUGUACCCUCCUACCAUUGGCAGAUCUGACCUAAUGCAUCGCUAGUAAUAAAUAUAUGGAACCAUACUUCAAGAUGGCACCUCAUAUUACCAAUUUGUGUGAUGUGUGUGGUGCCAUAACGGUGGCUUUGUUUCUGUAGAAAAGAGAGUUCUUUGGAGAUGGGGUUUUGCGUAAGUGGCACCAGAGCAACUAUCAUGGGAAUAGGCACAGCCGUGCCAACAAAUGUACUGCAACAAAGUUCCUUCUCUGACUACUAUUUUGAGACAACAAAUAGCAAUCACAUGGUGGACCUAAAGGCCAAGUUCGCAAAUAUAUGUGAGAAGACAAUGAUUGAGAAGAGACAUUUGUACAUGUCUGAUGAGUUCAUUAGGAGCAGCCCUUCUAUUACGGCCUACAAUUCCCCAUCGCUCAACCUUCGUCAAGGGCUAGCGGAUGCCGCUAUACCACAACUCGGUGCGGAAGCUGCACGGCAUGCCAUCGCGGACUGGGGCCGGCAGGCAUCGAACAUCACACACCUCGUCUUCUGCACGACGGUGAGUGGGUGCAUGCCCGGUGCCGACUUUGAGCUCAUCAAGCUCCUCGACCUCCCUCUCUCCACUAGACGUUUCAUGCUAUACCAGGCUGGCUGCCAUGGUGCCGGCAUCUCCAUGCGUCUAGCCAAGGACCUUGCUGAAAAUAACCAUGGCUCCCGUGUACUUGUGGUUUGCUCUGAGGUGAUCACCAUGGCUUUUCGUGGCCCCUCGAAAAGCCACAUGGGGAACCUUGUUGGGCAGGCCAUCUUUGAUGACGCCGCAGGUGCCAUUAUCAUUGGAGCUGAACCUACUGGAAACGAGAGACCCUUAUUCGAGAUGGUGUCUGCAUCACAAGACAUCAUACCGGGCACGGAAGAGAUGGUGGUGUCCAAGCUAUACGAGGAUGGGAUUGUGUACACCCUUCACCGAGAUGUCGCGCUCCAUAUCUCGAGAAACAUAGAGGGGCUUGUGAAGAAGGCACUCGAGCGUGCCUCGCUCCUCACCAAGGACUGGAACGAGGAGCUGUUUUGGGUGGUGCACCCUGGUGGCAGGGAGAUACUGGACAAGGUGGAGAGCAGCCUUGUUCUGAGAAAAGAGAAGAUGGAUGUCUCAAGGAAGGUGAUGGCGCAGCAUGGCAACACACUGAGCUCGUGUGUCAUUGUUGUUAUGGAUGAGAUGCGAAAGAGGUCUCGGAAGCGUGGGCUACCCACGGCAGGGGAAGGUCUUGAGUGGGGACUGCUCUUUAGCUUUGGCCCAGGCCUCACCGUCGAGACCAUACUUCUCCGAGCACUGCACAAUCAAGAACCCAACGCGUGACUGGCCCAAAAAAAAACCCCAACAUUGUGAUUGUUGCUUAAAUCACGGUAUCCAUUUUUUUUCAUACGACGGUGUGGUUUGUAAUGUAAAUCUUGUGUGCUUCCACAUGUUCCCAAUCUAUAUAUUAUAAGAUAUUUUAAGUUAACUA